AUGGAGGACCUGGUGCUGCCUUGGGGCUAUCCCCUGGAGACCUACCCUGUGGAGACGGAGGACGGCUUUGUGCUGCGGCUGUACCGCAUCCCCUACGGCGUGAAGAACUCGACAAAGCCAGACCCCAGGAAGCCGGUGGUCCUCCUGAUCCACGGCAUCACGCUGGCCAGCAGCUGCUUCGUGGUGCUGGACCCAGAGUCGAGCAUGGGGUUCUACCUGGCGGAUGCAGGCUUCGAUGUGUGGAUGCUGAACACGCGCUCCAACACAUACAGCCGUGGCAACAGGUACCGCGGUGACACCUCUGUCGCGUACUGGCAGUACUCCAUCGACGAGCUGGCCCUGCUCGACCUCCCAGCUCAGAUAGACUUCAUCCUGAAGUUCACCGGGAAACCCAGCCUCGCGACGGUCGGCCACUCCCAGGGCUGCACGCUGCCGCUCAUGCUGCUGUCCGCAAAGCCGGAGUACAAUGCAAAGGUCUGGCUGAUGAUGCAGAUAGGGGCGGUGACUCAUGCGGAGGAGAUACAAGCAAAGUAUAUGCGGCACCAGGCGGAGCUGCGCUCGGCCCAGAAGGUGCUGGGCGGCGCAGCCAUCGGGAACUUCAUCAUGAACUCUGUCACUUCGCAGCUCAUCUCGUCCUGCAACGGCACCUACUCGCGGCUCCGCUACUGUCAGAAGCUGAUCCACUUCUUGGUGGGCGGCUUGUGA